GUGUAAAACCACGAGGGAAUCAAGAGGUCGUAUGCGCUAGCGCACAUUCGAAUUCGAACAUUUGAAUUCAGUUCUCUGCUGGCAGCCGUCCGACACGGUCGCGUCGCUCGUUCGAAUCCAUUUCGCGUGUGUUCUAAACGUGAUAAAGAUCAGCUCGUGAUAACUGUCCUUAUUGUUGGCAGAAAACGGCGGGCGUCUCUCUCUCUAAUAAAAUCGACAGCCAUAUGACGCGAGUUUAGUAUAAUUUAGCAGAAAACAGAUACACAAACAAAAUGUCCUCCAAAGCUAUAUACGAGGCGACAGGCAAGGACCUUAUUAACAGGCACAUACCGCCGGGCACCGCCCUGGUGCCGUGUCGGUUCGUGACCUUCGAACAGAGCACCGUGUGGGAGGACGAGGUCGGGAAGAACCCGUGGCUCACCAAGGACCCGCUGGUCGUAAAACCUGAUCAGCUGAUCAAGCGUCGCGGCAAGCUUGGCCUAGUGGGGGUGAACAAGAAUGCCAACGAAGUGAGGAGAUGGCUCUCGGAGCACAUGGGGAGGGAGCAGCAGGUCGGCGCGUGCGCAGGCAAGCUGAGGCACUUCAUCAUUGAGCCAUUCGUCAAACACGAUCAGAAUGAGGAGAUGUACCUUUGCAUCCAGUCCGGCCGGAGGUCGGACACCAUCCUGUUCCACCACCAGGGCGGCGUGGACGUGGGCGAUGUGGACGCUUUGGCAGUGAGGCUGGAGGUACCCGUCGACACGUUUCCCUCCGGCGAGGAAAUUGAACGCGUCCUGCUGAAGAAUGUCAAGUCUCAGUCCGUCAAGAGAAUACUAACAGUGUUCAUCCACUCCCUGUACAAAGUCUACGUGGACCUCCACUUCACUUACAUGGAGAUCAACCCCAUAGUAGUCACGAACGAGAGGAUCUACCUGCUCGACCUGGCCGCCAAGCUGGACCAGACGGCUGACUUCAUCUGCGCGAAGAACUGGGGCGAGAUCGUGUUCCCCCCGCCGUUCGGCAGGGACGCGUACCCGGAGGAGGCGCACAUUGCCGAUCUGGACGCUAAAAGCGGGGCCAGUUUGAAGCUGACUGUGCUAAAUAAAUCCGGCCGAAUAUGGACAAUGGUGGCGGGCGGCGGAGCAUCUGUCGUCUACACCGACACCAUAUGCGCGUUAGGCGGCGCCUCUGAGCUGGCCAAUUAUGGAGAGUACUCCGGCGCACCGACGGAAGGUCAGACCGCUGAUUACGCCAAGACAAUAUUCAGCCUCAUGUGCAGAGAGAAACAUCCUAAUGGCAAGGUGUUGAUCAUCGGCGGCGGUAUCGCCAACUUCACCAACGUGGCGGACACCUUCAGGGGCAUCAUCACGGCGAUGGAGACUUACAAGGACGCGCUGAUACAAUACAAUGUCACCAUUUUCGUGAGGAGAGGAGGGCCUAAUUACCAGGAGGGGCUCAGACAAAUGCGUGAAGUCGGUCACCGCCUGCGCAUACCCCUGUACGUUUUUGGACCGGAGGCCAACAUGACCUCGAUCGUGGGCCUGGCGUUGGGCCAAUCGGAGAUCCCCAAGGAACACCAACUGGACUACGCGCCCACUAGACUGCCGAGGCCUGAGGCUGCGCCAAAAGUGGAACUGGACAUUCCGAAACUGGACAACAAACUAUUAGACCUGGUUUGUUCUCAAGCACCCACCAAGAUGGAUUUGGGCCAGGGGUCACCGGCUAAGCCCCUGUUCACAGACAGGACGAAAGCAAUAAUAUGGGGCAUGCAGAACAGAGCUAUACAGGGCAUGUUGGACUUCGACUACAUAUGCCGCCGCGCGGAGCCUUCCGUGGUGGCCAUAGUGUACCCCUUCACCGCCGACCACAAGCAGAAAUACUACUUCGGGAACAAGGAGGUCUUCAUACCUGUGUUCAGCGAUAUGGACGUGGCGAUGCGUAAACACCAAGAGGCCACCGUUCUGGUGAAUUUCGCGUCGCUACGAUCAGCUUACGAUAGCACCAUGCAGGCGAUGCAGCACCCUCAAAUCAACACGAUAGUCAUCAUAGCCGAAGGUAUCCCUGAGAACAUGACGAGGAAGAUCAUCAAAUUGGCUGACACACGAGGCGUGAACAUAAUAGGCCCUGCGACUGUGGGCGGCAUCAAGCCGGGUUGCUUCAAGAUAGGCAACACGGCCGGCAUGAUCGAUAAUAUUGUGGACAGCAAGCUGUACCGGCCUGGAAGCGUUGCGUACGUGUCACGCUCUGGCGGCAUGUCCAACGAAUUGAACAACAUCAUAUCGAAGAACGCCGACGGGGUAUGCGAGGGGGUCGCCAUUGGUGGGGACCGGUACCCUGGGACCACUUUUAUUGACCAUCUGCUGAGAUACGAGGCGGACCCCAACGUGAAGAUGCUGGUGCUGCUGGGCGAGGUGGGCGGCGUGGAGGAGUACCACGUGUGCCGCGCCAUCCGCGACGGCCGCCUGCGCAAGCCCGUGGUGGCCUGGUGCAUCGGCACCUGCUCGGACAUGUUCACCUCGGAGGUGCAGUUCGGCCACGCGGGCUCCCUCGCCGGCUCGGCGCUGGAGAAGGCCGCGGCCAAGAACGCCGGGCUGCAGUCCUACGGCGUCACGGUGCCGGACUCCUUCGACAGUUUGGGAGACGCCGUCAACCAGGUGUACAAGCAGCUCGUGAAGGCCGGCAAGAUCAUCGUCAAGGAGGAGGUGGAACCGCCGAAAGUGCCCAUGGACUACGAUUGGGCAAGGAAACUGGGUAUUAUCCGAAAACCGGCCGCCUUCAUCAGCACUAUAUGCGACGAGCGCGGUCAGGAGUUGAGCUACUGCGGGGUGCCCAUCAGCCAGGUGCUGGAGAGGCAGCUCGGCGUCGGCGGCACCAUCAGCUUGCUGUGGUUCCAACGGGAGCUGCCUGAAUGGGCGUGCAAGUUCAUCGAGCUGGUGCUUAUCGUAACGGCCGACCACGGGCCCGCCGUCUCCGGGGCGCACAACACCAUGGUCACCGCUAGAGCUGGGAAAGAUUUGAUCUCGUCUGUUGUGGCUGGAUUGUUGACUAUUGGCGACCGGUUCGGCGGAGCCCUGGACCGGGCGGCGGCGGACUUCUGCGCCGCCUACGACAAGGGGCAGCACCCCCAGGAGUUCGUCAACGAGAAGAGGGCCAAGGGGGAGCUUAUCAUGGGCAUUGGGCACAGGGUGAAAUCCAUAAACAACCCCGACUCUCGAGUCCGCGAGCUCAAAGCGUACGUGACCUCCCGCUGGCCCGCCUGGCCGGUGACCCGCUACGCGCUGGACGUGGAGGCCAUCACCACCCGCAAGAAGCCCAACCUGAUCCUCAACGUGGACGGCAUCGUGGCGGCCGCCAUGGUGGACAUGUUCAGGCACUGUCAGCUGUUCACGCCCGAGGAGGGCAAUAACUACAUAAAGAUGGGCUCUAUCAACGCGCUGUUUGUGCUUGGCCGGACCAUAGGCCUCGUGGGCCACUAUUUGGACCAGAAGAGGAUGAAGCAGCCGCUGUACAGGCAUCCGUGGGACGACAUCACCUACAUGUCGCCGUUAAACUAAGUUAGAACCGGUUUGAACCGGUUCGCGGCGGUUUGGGGCCGGUUACAAGCGGUUAUGGGAGCUGGGUUCUACUUUGUGAAAUUCAUAAAAAGGUUAAUUGCUCACGCUUACGCUUAUACAAUCAUGAUUAAUUUGCAUUCACUGUGUUUAUUAAAUAAUUUAGAAAGUAAUAGUAUAUAAUUUAAAAAAAUCAUUUAGCAUAAUAAUGAGUUGACCUAAAGAGCGUUUACGCAUAAUUCUCUCCCAACAUUCAUUUAUAUUAUAAACCUUCAAUAAAUAACGUUAAUUUUAACUAAUGCUUAUAAAUUUUAUAAGCAUUAGUUAAAAUUAUCGUUAUUCCAAACUAUCGAAUUUUAUUUUACAUGUGCCUAUAUCUCUUUACGAAUCUAGUAAAUACCAGUUUCUAUAACACUGUAACUGGUUCAAACCAGUUUCAUCCGGUAAUUUUAAUUCGUACAACAAUGUAUGCAUCGGCUUGUGCACGUUUGAGUGGAUUAUUUGAUAAUUUUACACGCAAAUAAUAGCAUUAUUUUGUACGAAUUUAAGUUUCAGGGUGAUAUUUUAUUUUUUUAAGUUUAGCAAUAAUAUUAGCGGGUUAAAUGUUAGCGGGUCGGAAGUGAUUGUUCUUAAGUUUAUAAAUGUAUGUAUGUAUGUAUAUAAUAUACAGCGUUACUUUUGAUCAUCUGUUAACCUCGCACGGGUGGAUAGCUGACAUCUUUAGCAACAAUUUUUGUUCUACGACUUUUGAUGAAAGUCAAUAAAUUAAUUAAUAUAUAUAUUUUUUUCAUACACCUUUAUACCGCCGACAACCUUGUUCGAAUAUGACUUUGUUUAUUCUUUUUUUUAAUACGAUGCCCCAAGAGUUAUAAACAACUGUAUAAUUGUAUAAAUAUUUAUUUUUAUAUGAAAUAAAUAUAAAUUUGAAUGAAUUAUGAAAUGUCGUUGAACAAACAUUGUCGCUUAUGAUGUCAGCUAUCUAUAUGUGCAAGGUUUAUAGUAAAUUUGAAAGUAACCCUGUAUAAUGAGAGAUAAUUUCAAUUUUGAUAACUAUUGCUGGGACGCUGAUUCUGUUCUGAAGGUUUAUUCACGAACGCUGACAAAGUAUAUAUCGUAUCUUAUUCCUCCUGGCUAUUUAUUAUAUUAGGCCUGGGUUGCAUCCUUAUCACUCUUGAGGAAGACCCUGGGUUACACGUUUGACCAUGGAUUCUGGAUUGGGUGCAUCUGGUCUCAACCCUUGCAGGGGAAUAUAACCCGUGUUAGAUCGAUCGUGGUAACACAUCCAGCUGUCUUAAUGUGCAGUUUACUUCACGAUGUUUUCCCUUGCCGUAAGAGCAUUGGUUAGUAUUAAAACUAAUGUACAUGAAUUCGAAAAUAAUCAUUGGUACAGGUCGAGGUGAGAUUUAAAAACCCGAUGACUUCCACCUCUUUCUAUCUUUCAACUUAACUGUUUUGUUAGUAAGAGAGGGAAGAUACGAUAUAGACAUUAUCACUCGCGAAUAAACCCAAACAUGAUGAUAAGAUUUGGUAUAUAUAUAUAUAAAAAUAAAUGUUCAAUAGGGUGUAUGUUGCAAGUGGGCUUACGGCCUUUCUCAUUCCAUUUCACUAUUACUUAAAAAUGUUAUUGUAACGCAAACGUGUGUGGAUAUCGCUUGACUUCGACUUGGCAAUAAAAGAAAAUCAUUAUAUCACUCCUAUUUUCCACUUGCCACGAUGCGGACCUACUACUUUAUUGCUAUUGAACAAUUUAACAGUCUGAAAUUUCAGUCUUGCGAUGUCAAUGCGUUUGCGCAAUGUAGUUAUUUAUGAUUGUAUUGUUGAAAACGUGUUCAAAUAAAUAAUUGUGAAGGAAUUAUGAACGUGGAACGUGGAUACAUCUUGUUAAAAAUUAGUGUUUUAGACGGUUUUGUUGAAUACAGUCUAAAACUAUUAUACUAUACAUCUUAUAAUAAUCUCUAGUUAUGUAACAUACGUAAGAACCAUUUUUAUGUUUUAAUCUAUGUGAAAUAGGCAUUAGUAAAAAUUAAGAAAUAAAAUAAAAUGUGAAAUUAUAUUUAUGCCAAACAACAAUUAUGAGAAACGUUCGACCGUUUCAAAAUUAAUAAAAGUCGUAAAAAUUUAUUUGAACGCGUUCAUUUUACCUUAUAAGUACAACAUAGAUCUGCCUUAGCUAAAUAUAUGUAUACAUUAAAUAUAUAUCAUCUGUUAUAUGUCCGUGAACUUGUAUUUUUUAUUAAUAUUUUAUGGUGAGCGUGUAUCUUUAUGAAAUAUGUAAUUGAUAUUUUUGUGACAACGAAAACAAAAAUAGCUGAGAUCAAAUAUAUCUAAGAUUUAUAAUAAAAUCGAGUAAUUUUAAAAACACAAAAUGAUUUUAUAACUUUAUGAUUUCUUAGUGUUGUAUAAAAUCUUAUAAUUACAAACAUCAAAAUUAGGAAAAGUGCGCAGCUUAGAGAAAUUGCUUUUUGCAUAAUUAUAUCCUAAAUAUAUUUUUAGACAAAAACUGUAUGAUGGGUAGGUAAGUACUCAAAAAUGUGCGCUAUUAAAAUUUUAUAAGAAAAAUAUUUAAAAAAAUAAGAAUAAAAAUUAUAAUGCACCAAUUAGAUAGUCCAAGAUUAAACUUGUAAUAUGGUCUGUCCAUUAAAAUAUAGAGAAAAUAAUAAAUACUGAUUUAGGGUUCCGAUUGGGUUCCGUACAUUUUUUUCGCAUAAAUAACAGAACGUAUAAGGAUUUUUAGCAUAAUUAUCGUAACGCAUAAAAUGUUAUGCGAUAAGAGGAUUAUGCCAAAAAAUAUUUAGGGACUCAAUAUGGACCCAUAAAAUUAUGAGGAACGCAGGGUUUAAUAUGUUUUUGUUGUUAAUCUUCUCAGAAUGACUACUGGCACAUAAGAUUUUUUACUCGUUCGAUAUUACCCAGAUGAAUUUAUUCGACACAAGCGGAAACCUUUGUUCACCUUGGAAUUAAUUCAUAUUCAAAGCUUAUUUAAUCUUUCAGUUCACAAAUUUUUUAUAAAAUUAUUAAAAAAUUUUUUACAUAUAAUUAUUUUUACUUCUCAUCAUUUAUUCAUCAGGUCAUUCUUCUUCCCAGGUGGACAAAGUUGAAAAACCAAAAUUAUUGUUCCCUUAACGAAUUUGGACUAUUAGACGCACUAAAUGUCGAAAUUAGGGCCUAACUUUCACUGUUAUUAGUAGUCACAAAGUUGUCAUAGAUAUAAGUAGAAAUAUUAAAUAUAUAUAUAAUUAUCUGACGGUAGAUAUUUACGUAUGUUGAACAAAGCUAAGUGAACAACAACUAAUAAAAAUAGGUAUGUGUAGCCUUGUGUAUAAUCGACCUCGUAUAAUAAUUUAGGUCAGGCACAGGACCCCGGGCUCUGAAACAUCAUUAAGAAUGCAAAACACACUUUCGAAUGUGUACGACAAACUCAUUCCAUGAACAAUAUUUUAUUUUCCUUCAUAUAAGUUUCUUUUAUACAUUCUAUAUAUGUUUUGAAUUAAUUGAAAAUAUUUUUGUCAAUAUCUGUCGUCGAUCAUAUUUGCAGAAAUAAAACAACUACAGUAUAGUAUGUGUGCGUUAAAACUUGUGUUAAUAAUGUAAAAUGACAGAUUUUGUAUUCAAGAAGUUCCCGGUAUUCGUAAGUUUCCAGGAUUAUAUUUCCAUUUUUAGUUAAAUAUUAUUAGAAUACAUUAAAUUUUGAUAAAGUAGAGAUAUCACAUAUAACUAUAGUCUUAUAAAUUAAAAACUGCAGUGAAAAUCUAAAUUUAGGUUAAUUUCUAUAUAUUAGGUUCACACAAACAUUAUGUUUUUACUGUAAAUUGAAUACAAGUAGAUGUAAGUACUACUUAUAUAUUGACGACAAACCGUUGUUCUUACAUCACGCAUAAUUCAGAAAUGUAUGGAAUAUAUCUAUUUUGUCAAAAUUAUAUCAAAAUAUACAUGUAUCAUUUGAAAAUUAAAGUAUGUCAUUUGAAAACUUACGCAUACAGGGGCAUGUUAAACUUUUGUACAAGAUAAUUCUUCUUUUUUUUAAUUUUGACGGAUCUAAAGAGUACGUUUCGCAUAAUCAGCGCGGGACAAAUGUUAUUGUAUAAUUUAAAAUUUUCUACGUUAUUAUUUCUCUAAUGUCCUAAUUUAUUGGUAUAUUUGUGAAAAUGGUUGGUAUCUGUAAAUAUUUGAAAUUUGUCAACUUAUUUAAAUAUAUUUUUUAAUUACAGCA